AUGCCGUCCGCCACCCAUUUCUACCUGCCCGACCUUCACGCUGUGUGCCCUCUGAAGGGUUCCACCAACCCUCACUACAAGCAGGCCGGGGCCGAGUCUUCUGCCUGGAUCAACAGCUACAACGUCUUCACGGAUCGGAAGCGCGCCUUCUUCGUCCAAGGAUGCAACGAACUGCUCGUCUCGCAUACCUACCCAUAUGCAGGCUACGAGGAAUUCCGCACUACAUGCGACUUCGUCAACCUGCUGUUUGUCGUUGACGAGGUUUCCGACGACCAGGAUGGCGAGGACGCCCGCAAGACCGGCAACGUCUUUCUCAACGCGAUGAGACACGAUGACUGGCUCGACGGCUCUGCCUUGGCCAAGAUGACCAAAGACUUCAGGACCAGAUUCCUUCGUCUGGCAGGCCCCGCGUGCGCUCGGCGCUUUUUGAACCACUGCGAUAAAUACAUCGAGGCGGUCUCUCGCGAAGCCGAGUAUCGUGAACAUGGCCUGGUCCUGGACGUCGAGGCUUUCACGAACCUCCGCCGAGAGAACAGCGCGAUCCGCCUGUGCUUUGGGCUCUUCGAGGCUGUGCUCGGCAUCGAUCUGCCAGACUACGUUUUCGAAGACGCCACCUUCAUGAGCCUAUACUGGGCGGCAGCCGACAUGGUCUGCUGGUCCAACGACGUCUACUCGUACGAUAUGGAGCAGGCGAAAGGUCUCAGCGGGAACAAUAUCGUGACCGUCCUGAUGCAAGCCAACGGCACGACCCUGCAAGAGACGUCGGACUACAUCGGCGAAUACUUCCGCGACCUGAUGGAUCGCUUCACGGCGAAGAAGGCUAUGCUCCCGAGCUGGACCCCGCAAGUCGACGCCGCCGUCGCGCGCUACGUCGCGGCGAUGGAGCACUGGGUGAUUGGGAACCUGAUCUGGAGCUUUGAGACCCAGCGGUACUUCGGUCCUCGCCACGAAGAAGUGAAAGCGACCCGUUUGGUGGUACUGCGGCCCCGUGAGGACCCGGGCAGCAGCGACGAGGAGAUCCAGAUCUGAAAUAAUGCCGCGCAAUCCGCUCGCUUGUGCACAGCGCGCCGGCAUCUCACAAAAGUUCCCUAGACAUCGCGCAUCCCGCCUAUUGCCCUGUAUGCCCAUGAGUUAUAACG